CAUGAUUAUCUCAAUACUUACUGUGGACCAAGCUUUCUUGAAUGAAUAGCUAAAGCAGCUCAAACUUUCUAUUUUCUUAAAUAGAAAACGGUUAUGCUGAAGAGUCCCAUUAUCCUGCAUGAAAUUCUUCACAAAGUGUCCUGAAGAUUUGAAAGCAUGCAGGACACAAGUUGUGGGCAGCCUGUCCCUUUCUCUGUAAUUAUGAAAGAGCCUCAUCCUUUUGAGAAGAGCACUUAUGUUGGAAACUAUGAAAAUAAUUCUGAGGAUUCAUCCUGUUAUGAACUCUUUUAUGAUUCCCUAUCAGAUAUACAAGAUGGGGACUUUUCACAUGAACUAUCGGCCUUUCUCAGUGAAGAUGAGAAAAACAAAAGCCUUGAACUUGCUCAUAAAGCCAUUAAUUCUGUUGAAGAAGAAGUUAAGCAAGAGUGCUCUUAUCUUAACAGUUCUCCAAACUCACCAGAAAACGCCUCUUCUGGGCAAGCCAGAGCACAUGACAGUUAUCCUUCCAAGAGAAAUUGCGCAACCAGGUCCACCUCCUUGUGCCCUUCAUCUCAAACUCCAUCGGAGCAGCAGGAUCAGAAUGCACAUCCUCAAGAAAAAAAUGGUAUUUUAAAUGUUACUGGCAAACAAGCAAGUGCUUUUCCCCUGCUGCCUGCAAGACCCAGCUUCAUUCGAACUCUCAAAAAUGCUGAAAGGCACAGUUUAAAUGGCCAAAAAGUAAGCCCUAAGUCUAAAUCAGUUUUGACAAGUAACGUCCACGUCAAGAAUAAGCUAUGUGAUAAAGCUGCCACUUUGAUUGAAGAACUGUCAUCUAUUUUUCAUGAAGCAGCCAAGAUGAAAGUCGAAAGUCCAAAUGGAAAUUCUUCGUCUCCAGAUAGUGGCUAUCUUUCUCCUAAGAGCAAGCAAUUAGCUUUGUCAAACUCUUUAAAGAAUUCAGUAUUUGAAACAAGUUUAGAAAUCACACCAAAAAGUGAGAUCCCAGAAGUCGCUCAGGUUAAAGAAUGUGUGCUCCAAAGGAAAGAAGACUCUCAGGCUGGUGAGACGGUCUCUCAAAAUGAAAUUGCAAAAGAAAGUCAGAAUCAAUUAUCUCCCCCUCGAUUUAUCCAGAAACUGAGGAGUCAAGAGAUUCUUGAAGGAAGCAAGGUUCUACUUCAGUGCAGGAUUGCUGGAAACCCAGUACCUCAGAUCAGGUGGUUCUGUGAAGGUAAAGAACUACAAAAUUCUCCUGAUAUUCAGAUUUGUUCUGAAAGCGGAGGACUCCAGACACUCAUUAUAGCAGAAGCUUUUGAAGACGACACAGGGCGCUACUGUUGCCUGGCCUCCAAUUCCCUUGGCUCUAGUUCUUCUUCAGCAGAAUUAUUUGUGGAAGGUGGCAGUUCCUCUGAUUCUGAUAGUGAACAUUUCAAAACAAAAUCUGGAGCCAUGCCCCAAGCUCAGAAGAAAAGCACUUCUGUUUCCUUGACAAUUGGAUUGUCAUCCCCAAAGUCUGGAAUUACUACAGCAGUAAUCCAGCCUAUCUCUGUGCCUAAUCAGCAGGUUCAAAGUCCUACUUUACAUCUCUGCAAAUUAGAUGGAUCAAAGCCUAGCCAUGCUGCACCUAUUUUUACAAAGGAACUUCAAAAUUCAACAGCAAAUGAAGGACAAGUAGUUGUAUUUGAGUGUAGAGUAAGAGGAGCACCUUCCUUGCACGUUCUCUGGUUUCGUCAAGGGGUUGAAAUUCAUGAUUCUCCAGACUUCCGAAUUCUUCAGAAAAAACCACGUUCUACAGCAGAACCUGAAGAGAUAUGUACUUUGGUGAUUGCAGAGACUUUUCCUGAAGAUGCAGGAAUCUUUGCAUGCAUGGCAAGCAAUGAUUAUGGAUCAGUCACAAGCACUGCCAAACUGACUGUGCUGUCAGAAUUCUUGGAUGGUGCCAAGUGCACCAAUGACAAUGGUUAUCACUGUCACGUGUUUCAUCCAUAA